AUGGGCUGGUGGCCGCUUGCAUCAUCCUCCCGCGGCGACGAGAUCCGCUCCGGCACGGCCAUACCCACGCGUCACGAGCGCGCCGUCUGCUGGGCCGCCCGCGACGCAUACUUUGCCUGCCUCGACGCCCACGACAUCCUCGACGCCAACAAGGACGCUGCCGCCGCGAGGCGCGCGUGUCCCCGCCAGAGCGACGACUUUGAGCGCGACUGCGCAGCCGCGUGGGUCAAGUACUUCAAGCAGUGGCGCGUGGCGGACAUCCAGAAGAAGAGGCGGCUCGAUGAACUGAGGAGGCAGGGCGCGCGGGAGAUGGAGGUGUCGACGGCCUUUGCCCCGGACGGGGGCGCCGGGGCGAGCGGCGAGGGCAAGGGCAAGGGCAAGCAAGAUAUCCAGGACCUGUUGGAGAGGAAGAAGGCGACGUAG